GUAAAGAGUGCCGUGUCAUGUAACGCUCUAUUUCAAAAUCACUGGUACAGAAUUUGCAACAUAAAGUUGUAUAGAGUGCAGUAUCUUGUUGCUACGGAGAAUCUUGGUCACAAGAGCAACAUUAUGGAGCAGCAUCAUCUGCCGUCUGAAUUGUGAAAGUGCACAGACCCUAUUUCUGCCAGCAUUCCCUUCUAUUAAUAACACGAACUCCAGCCGUACGGGUCAACAAUAUCUUGUGACCACCGGUUGAUUUUCCAUAAUGGUGCCCGGACAUCUUUGCUUCCUGAGGGGAAAGAACAUUAAAAUAAAUCUGACAUUUAAUAUAACCAUUAUUGCGUGACUUGAUGCACAUACUCAAUUUCAGUUAAUUCAUACUUUUGAGAGUGAAGAGUUUUAUCCGCAGAAUUAGUUCCACGGCUCCUGUCGGCAGCUGUCAUGUCCAAAGACACGUUUGCCUUCAGCUCGGCCUCCUUGCGCUCCCUGCGGCUGGAGCAGCAGCUCCAGGACUGGGAGGACGCGCGCCGGGCGCUGGCGCAUCGGAGGACGCUGACGAGGGCGCCCUUGCCGCCGGCCCCCAGGAUGCCGGAUCAUCGCCGGAAUCAGCAGGCGACACCGACCAGGCCACAACAGUGCUGCCGCGAUCCCACUGUGCACAACACUUUCCUGAGCGGUGACAUCACCAGGGUGUACGCCGUCCUCCAGGACCCGUCCAUGGUCAACGCCCUGAUGGAGACGGUGCAGGAGGAGAUGGUGUGGGCGCCAGAGAUGGGAAUGUGGACCAUGGCCUCCAAGGCGAAGCAGACGUCGGCGCUGCGCCUGGCGGCGGGCCGGGGCCACGCGGCCUGCGUGGAGGAGCUGCUGUUCCGCGGCGCGGAGGCGGACGCCAGCCCCGGCGGGAGCACGGCGCUGCACGACGCCUGCGCAGGCGGACACGCGGCCUGCGUCCAGCUGCUGCUCGCUCACGGCGCCGACCCCGACCGGCUCGCCGCCGCCGACGGCAGCGCUCCCCUGCACCUCUGCCGAACCCCGCAGAGCUUAGAGUGCGCCCGGGUGCUGCUGGAGGUGGGCGGGGCCUCGGUGAACGCGCGCUCGCGGGACGGCGAGCUGACGCCGCUGCACGCGGCGGCGCGGCGCGGGCUGGAGGAGCACGUGGCGCUGCUGCUGCGCCGCGGCGCCGACGUGUCCGCGCGGAACCGCGAGGGCGAGACGCCGCUCAACGCGGCCUGCGCGGGGGCCGAGCGCCCGGCCGAGAGCGCCCGCUACCUGGGCGCGGCCCGGAGGCUGCUGGCGGCCGGCGCCGACCCGCGCACCGCCGGGAGGAAGAGGCACACGCCCCUGCACAACGCCUGCGCCAACUGCAGCGCGCCCAUCGCCCGCGCGCUGCUGCAGCACGGCGCCAGCGCCAACGCGGCUAACUGCGCGGGCUACACGCCCAUGGACUGCCUCCUGCAGGUGGUGGAGGACUUCCCAGAUCAGCAGCCGGAGGAGGUGGCACGCUGGCUGCUUAACUAUGGGGCCCAGCCCGCUUCGCCCAAGAUGCUGAAGCUCUGCUAUCUCUCCCCUCCGACGCUGGAGGUGAUGCUGAACUCCUACACCGCUGUUCCUCCGUGCGAGGACUGGAUUGGCUCUGUACCAGAGGAGCUGCUGAAGGAGCACGCGCCGCUCUUCGAGUCCGCGUGGCUAACGAGCGGCCAGCCGCGGUCCCUGCAGCACCUCUGCCGCUGCGCCCUGCGCCGCCACCUGGGGGCGCUGUGCCACUCCGCCGUAGCCGAGCUGGACAUCCCGUCCUCGCUCAGAGAGUACCUCCUGCUGGCCCCAGAGGGGCGGCUGCAUUAAGCAGGGGAGAACGGGACCGGCUAGCAUUUCAAGUACAUGUAUUUGAAAUCAGACCUGGGUCAAAUACGUAUUUGAUUUGGAUUCGAAUAAUUUUCUGUGCUCUAUUGAUCUUGCCUGAUGUAAUUGAGCCUGCCAAUAUGACCAGAUGGCGAGUUUGCAGUUUUUGAAAGUUUGUCAUUGGUUCCAAUA